AUGCCAGUCGACUCAGCAACGGAGCUUCGUCGAGCAGACACCAUGUCUGAUCCCUAUCCCGCUGGCCCCUCACGUCAAUCGGCUUUACACAACAGCACUUCCCGCCAACCCAACAACCACAACAUGCCCAAAACUCCCAAAACUCGAUUUAAGCCAUCUGGGUUCUCUCAAUUUUGGCAAAGUGUCAAAACGCAUCUGACACCUCCAUCGCAUCCUUCUACCACAUCUGAAUCGGCAAUAGGUGGAUCUAGCUUCAGAAAUACGACGGAUAAUUAUUAUUACAAUGAGUCUGUUCAUGGAGGCGGAAGCAGUCAUCUACCUUUGGAAUUGUUAAAUCCCAAAGCAGGUAUGGAAGGUAAACAUAAACGUCGAAUGGGUAAUAGUUCUGCUUCCCGGGGAGGGGGAGGACUAAGGCUCAGAGCAAGAAGUAGUCAAGCUGCAUCAACAUCAAGAUAUGGCGAUGAUGACGAUUUAUCUUCUUCGAAACCUAACGAACCUGUAUCCCAUAUAGUGGUAGAUGCAAAUUUCGAACAUUUCACCCCUGCUAUGGCGAAAUCCGAUUCUGGCUUUUCAAAUAAGACUCCAGGAACUAACACGAAUAAUGGAGGAUUAGAUUCCAAGAAUGAAGGAGAUGGAGAGGACGGCGGAGAUACAACACCCAAUGGAGGACAGAUGGGAUACGAUAGGAGUGAUAUUGCUUCGACUACCAGGAGAGGAAGUAGAGCGGAGAAUUGGGUGAAAACGAAUACGGCGGUGGUAUGGAUGACGGAAAGGUUUUGGCCUAAUGUAAAACAUUUCUUGGAUUCAGAAUUCCCAGAACCCAGUAAAGAGAGAUCUUUCCAGAAAGAGACCUGGUUCACCCAAAAGCAAGGUGCAAUGGCAUCAUCGGUUUUCUUUCUUAUCAAUUGGAUUCUUACCGUUGGAUUACUACCCACACCUAUGUCGACGUACAAAUAUGUUGCAUAUAUAGCCGUAGCAGGGUUAUUGACAUUACCUAUACCGGUAUUGGUAAUAUUCGAUUUCCCAAGGAGACAUCCUACAAUAUGGCAACCAUGGAUAUUCGGAGCUUGUUGGGUGUUCGCCUAUAUCUUAAUCAUAGAGAUGAGAUUGUGUGGUUUCUUCUCGGAUCAUAAUACUUGUGGUACAAGGAAUUUCUUGAAUUUAUUGGGAUUUGCCUUUGGACAACCUACACUUGGUCUUUUGACUCUACGGGAAAACAGGAUAACAGCUAUCUGCGGAGCUUCGAUUUGGUUGAUCCUGGUUGGUGUUCUGGUCAUGGAACAGAACAACAGUCCUAAAUUAUUCUUCAGAAAUAUUGUAUUCUUCGCACUGUUUCACGCUUUCCUAAUCUGUGCGAGCUUCUUGAAAGAGAGAGGAGAACGACAGAUGUUCGCUCUGCGUCAACAAUUGAAGAUUCAGUAUAGGGCUACGCAAUCUGCUCAAGUCAUGGAACGUAGAGCGGCAGAUUCAAAGAAAAGAUUUGUAUCGUAUAUCUUCCACGAAGUUCGAGUACCACUGAAUACUGCACUUCUAGCUGUGCAGAAUCUCGAAGGUGAACAUGUGUUCAAGGGGUUGGCAGAAGAUCAAUCUGAGAUGGUUCAUGGUCUGAUGGGCAGUCUGACCAUGAUGGAAAAAGUAUUGAAUGAUGUCCUAUCCUUUAAUCGGAUGGAAUCUGGAAAGUUCGCUCAAGCUAGAAAGCCAUUCGAGUUCCAUAAAUCCAUUCAACUCGUUGCGCUUUCUCAUCGUAUGCAAGCUCAAAUGGCAGGUAUAGAGCUGGAGGUGGAACUGGACAAAGAUAUAGAUAAAAUCGGUGGUGUCUUUGUGGGUGAUGAGAUGCGUUUGAGACAGGUUGCUAGUAAUCUCGUAUCGAACAGUAUCAAAUUUACAGAUAAAGGUUCUGUCCGGAUCGUGACUAAACUUUUGUACCCACGAAUGGAACCUACCCCUGCUACUGAGAUUGACGAUCCGCUCAGACAAGCGGCCAUGAAUCUGCAAAAACAACAGGAGAUCGAACAUCAUGAGAGGAACGAGAGGUUGAUAUUGGCUUCUUCGGGUGGAAUGAUAGACAUUGAGAAAGGUUCUGUACCUUUAGAAAUCAGGAGGCAAAGUAGAGAUUUUGAGAAGGAAAAGGAAGAAGAGAAGAAGAAAGUUCAAAAAGUCGUGGUUCGAGUUGAGAUUCAUGAUACGGGUGUAGGCUUAAGGAAACAAGAUGUGAUUGACAACCGACUCUUCUCGCCAUAUGUGCAAACUGAGAUCGGCCGACGACAAGGGGGUAAAGGAUCAGGAUUGGGUCUAGCGUUGGUCAGACAGAUCGUCAAACUUUCCAAUGGACGAUUGGGUGUCGAAUCGGAGUUCGGGAAAGGUUCGAUGUUCUGGUUUGAAUUGCCUUAUUCUUUACCACCUCCGCCGAAAGGCAAGACCAAUACGCUCUCACCGCCUAUGGGAGGAAGUGGACCACAUGGAGGAUUUGGACCUCCUGCUUAUGUACCAACUGCAAGUCGACAACAGAGUUAUCACAGACCUACGCCUAGUCCAUUAGGUCAUCCAGUGGGAUCGACGGAGAUGACCAAAGAUGCCAGUUCAGGUACCGAGAGACCUGCGAUAGGCACAACGGAUUCUACGUUACCGUUGUUACCUGAAGCUCACGGGAAGAACCAAACUCCGGACAAGAGUGAAUUACCUACUGAAGAAAUUAUCAUGCACACCUAUCCACCUGUUGAUCCACCCACACCGGAGGAUGAGGGAAUACCUGAAAGUGAUACGACAUUCACCAACCCUUUCACCUCUGCUCAAUCUGCUUCUUCCGGAGAAAGGAGAUCAUCCGAAUGGUCAGAUGGGACUAGACUGGAAUUGCAAGCUCCACCAAUCAUCAAUGCUCCUCCACAAGUAUCUAUACAACCUCCACCUGAAUCUAGUCCGGAAUUACCACUUUGUGUCUUGGUAGUCGAUGAUGAUAAGUUAACGAGAAUGCUCAUGUCGAGGAUGUUAACGAGAUUAGGACAUCAAGUAUCAACAGCUGAAAAUGGUAAAAUCGCAUUUGACAUGAUCAAAGAUUCCUUUGAACAGAAACCUAAUGCUCCUAGGUUUGAUGCUAUAUUCUUGGACAAUCAAAUGCCAUUGAUGUCCGGAGUAGAAGUAGCUCGUGAAGUUCGAGAUAUAGGAUGUCCAGUAUUUAUCGUUGGGUGUACAGGUAAUGCUCUAAGGGAAGAUCAAGAAGAAUAUAUAUCUGCCGGAGCGGACAGUAUCAUACCUAAACCGAUCCACCAGAAAGCCAUUGUGGAAAUGAUCAAAGAGGCCAGAAAGAGGGUCGCGGGAGAGACUAAACCGAAAGAAAAGGAACGUGACCUUGGUAUUGGAAUGGGUCACGAUGAAAGGUAUGGAUCACCAGGUGGACCUUGA